AAGUAGAUAAAGAAAUGAAGUUCGAGUUUAUAAGGGGACGUCAGCAUAUAUUUUGGGAUUUCCUUGCUCCGAUUUGUUGGGACGAUUAACAAAAUUUAGUAUAAAUAUUAGAUGAUUGUAAGAUAAAAAAAGACAUCAACACACAUCAAAAAAAUGACUAAUUCUUUAAUCAGACGAAUCACAAUCAGAAGAAAAAGAAGAAGUACUUUAAAAUGUAUUUUUCUUUCAAAUUUAAUCAUUCGCACAUAUGAUAUGAUCCUGUGAGUUGACUAUUUCAAUUCCAAUAUAAGUACAAUGAAGUAAAUUAUUUUCUAGACUUUGUUUAUAAAAAUGUGUCUUAUCAAUGAUACUGAUGAUGACUAGUUGAUUCGUAAAUUGAUUUCAGCCAAAGUAACUGGAUCAUUAAAAUUCAAUGAAAACAUCAACAUUUGAGUGCACAAUCGACGAAUGAACUGGCGAAAUAAAACAGCAAUUUGGUGAUAUGCUCCCGAAAAAAGUUAAAAUUCUCUUCAAGUCCUGUUAAUAGUUUACACUGCAAAUCCGUCUACGAGAUUUUAGUCACUGCAUAGAAAAAUGAUUCAGUCAAUCGUUUUUGUUCAAAUCGGUAUAAUUUUCAUUAUCAAAUAGCAUCAAAGGUCUAUGACAAACUAAUUUUCACAGUUGUGUCGUAUAAUUAUUGUGAAAGAUUGAAUUGUGAAUCAAAAUGAAUAUUGAGUGUCGCAAUUUUCGAUUUUCAAAGUAAAAAAACACAAAGGAUUUUCCCCUAAAUAAAUAAAAAUGUUAUGCAUGCACAUUAUUAUAAUUAUUUGCAAACGUAAGUUUGAUUAAAUAUUAAAUGAGGAAAUGUUUCAGGCGUUAUGUAAACAACGUUGAUUAAAAUAUUUGAAAUGAUAAUGCGGUAGUUCCCCUUUUCCAAAUUCGUUGGCAUGACUGGGGGAAGUCCCAAACUUGAUACUCAGAAAACUAAAAAACAGAACUCAUUAUAUUGCAAUGCAAUGACCUCUGGAAUAAAAUAACAUACUAAAUUUUUUGUGCAUUGGAUUUUCAUUUAGCAAGUGCCCAAAAAUUUAAAUACUAUUGACGAAAAGACCGUUUAUUUUCUAGAAAGAAAAUACUUUUUAUAUUGUCAAACCAGAUGCUCCAAUGCUGUUCUGUGCGCAGUCAGUUAUGCUAUUGGAGAUUGUGAGUCGCGAUGAAUGGGGAGCAAGGCGAGCAAAAGACGUUGAUUUAAUAAAUCAAACCGUGCCCUACGUCAUUAUCCACCAUUCCUACUCACCAUUAUCUUGUAAUUCGUCCGAAGAGUGCGUUACAGCGAUGCAAAGAAUGCAACGAUAUCAUCAGGUUGAACGCGCUGGAGAUGGAAAAGUAUACGAGGGUCGUGGCUUUAAUGUAAUCGGUGCUCACGCUCCGGGAUAUAAUAAUAGAAGCAUUGGUAUUUGUCUGAUUGGGGACUUUGGCAAACAAGAUGCGAUUCCAACAAAUGAAAUGCUCCAGGCAACAAAGGAUCUGAUCCAACAUGCUGUAGAAAAACAGUAUCUAUCGAACAAUUAUACUUUAUUUGGACAUAAACAAGUUCGUGCUACAAGCUGUCCAGGCGAAGCUCUAUACAAUGAGAUCCAGAGUUGGCCACAUUUUGGCAUAAAAGAUGACGAGAUAAAAUUUAUAUCGUUAAAGAAAAUAUUACAGAUAUUAUAA